UCAUUUCUCUAUCGGAAUCGGAGCUGAAAACUGUGAUUUUUUGUGUGAUCGUUUGAAGAAUUUGCCGAAUAGUUUUUGGUUAAUUUGUUAAUAGCUUCUAAAGUAAAUUGAGUACGAUGUCGCUUAAUCCCCAGUACGAAGAUAUUGGCAAGGGCUUCGUCCAGCAGUACUAUGCCCUGUUCGACGACCCGGCAAACCGUGCAAGCGUGGUCAAUUUCUACAGCGCAACAGAAUCCUUUAUGACCUUCGAAGGCCAUCAGAUACAGGGAGCUCCAAAAAUAUUAGAAAAGGUUCAGAGCCUGAGUUUUCAAAAGAUUACAAGGGUAAUAACCGCUGUCGACUCGCAGCCCACCUUCGAUGGAGGAGUGCUUAUCAAUGUCCUGGGACGACUGCAGUGCGACGACGAUCCCCCGCAUGCCUUCUCGCAGGUCUUUAUGCUGAAGGCCAAUGCAAACUCGUUCUUUGUGGCCCACGACAUUUUCCGUCUAAAUAUACACAAUACUGCAUAAGUAAUAUCCAUAAAAACACAUAACCACACCCAAAGAUGCGGCGCAGAACAGAGAACAAAACGGCACCGGCAACGAUCAGCGACUCGACAAGGAAAACUCGACAAGAAAAACUCGACAAAAAACUCAGCAGAAGAUCAAAAAAAG